CGCUCAACCAGAACACACCAAUUAGCAACCAACCAAGCAGCUCCUGUAAAUCCAGAAAACACAAGGAUUCUCUUGGGAGGAUUCAUUAAUUAUUUAACAUACAUCACAAACCAAUAUGCUGCAGACUCGAAUGCUAUCAAAAGAUGACGAAGCCGCGACAGGCGGCGAGGACACUGAAGUGCGUCGCGAAGACCAAGACAAAAUCAAUCGCUUCAGCAGACUGCAUCAGCGCGAGACUGUUUUGGAAGAGCGAUUGAAAGCGAAGCAAAAAGACAAAGAAGAUCUCGACGAAGUUUCCACGGAGUUGGAAUUAGCAGACGAAGAUGAACUCGUGCCCUACAAAAUCGGCGACUCUUUCGUCAAUCUCCCACUGGAAGAAGCUCAGUCAAUGCUGUCUUCCUCAUCAGAAGAGAUCGACGUAGAAGUCUCACGGCUAGAGGAUGCACUGAGCGAAGUGCGCGAGGAGUUGGCUUCAUUGAAGGCGGCGUUGUAUGCACGGUUUGGGAAGGCUAUUAAUCUCGAUGUAUAAACCGACGGGACUUGCUUAUUUUUUCAUAUUCGGGCUUGAUUCAUGAUAGAAUGACCUGAUAAAACCUGAUGCAUAAUUAAAUCCAGAAUAACGUCUCAAAAGGUUACGGUCUGUGCAGGCUUGUAGGGUAAUUACUUGGGUGCUUUUGAAAGAAAUUGAC